AUGUAUUCCAAGCGACCGCUGGGUGGUGGUAAAUCAUUUGCCAUUCCUGCAUUGGGUGAAUACCAGGUUCUGGUAUCAUCUGAGCAGGAUAUUCGAGAGUUGACUCGAAGCUCCGAAGAAGUCCUCUCUUUCCAUGCCGCCAUGCACCAGAGAAUCAGGCACGAGCAUACUAUAUACGGGUUUCAACAUAACGAUGUGGAUCCAAACAAUGAUAUUCCUAAGCGAGUAUUAAAAGUUUUGCUACGCACGAAGUUGCCGGAAAUGCAAGAGGGUCUGCAAUCCUUGAUCCAGGAUACUAUUGCACAUGAGCUACAUGACACCGGAGUCGAUGGGUGGAGUGAAGUGAGCGCUCUGGGACUAGCGAAACUUUUGAUUGUGCGACUGAACAACCAUGUCAUUCUGGGGUCCGACUUAGGCAAUAACGAGCAGCUCGAAAGAGAUACAAGCCAGUAUUUGCAAGACGCUGUGGUGACCAUGGAGCUGUGUCGUCAUGUGCCAUCCAUUUUAGUCCCGGUGAUAGCACCGAUUAUGAUGCGCUGGACCGGAGCCAUGCAUCGCGUUGGAAAAGCUGUCACCUUGGAGAUUGAGAAACGCGUUCAUGAGAACCAAAACUCAAUUGAAUCAAAACACAUAAGAAACGACUGCAUUCAAUGGGUAAUGGAGUCUUCCAAAACCGCCGCACAGCGGACAGUUUCCAGAAUGACUCAACAAAUGUUUGGAUUUUUAUUCGCCUCGGCGCAUCAGAUGUCAAUGGCUCUGGUAUAUGCAAUUAUUGACUUAUGCCUUCAUCCUGAAUACAUCGAGCUCCUUCGCGACGAGAUCGAGCAGGCGAAAACCAAAACCAAGUUUGGUCCAAACUUUGAUCAAAUGCCUUUGCUAAAUGGUUUUCUCCGCGAGUCGUCCCGACUUAAUGCCAUGGAUGCGUUGACCAUCCAACGUAUGGCCUUAUCGUCCUACACAUUUGCUGGUGGUACCCACGUCCCGGCCGGUAAUCUGGUCGCUGUUCCUCAGGUAGCAGUCAUGCAAGAUUCAAAUCAUUAUUAUUCCCCAGAGGAAUUUAAUCCAUAUCGGUUUGUGGAUGUAGAUGAGACAGAUGGAUCGGUGAGAGGUUUCUCGAAACAUACUGACGUGCGUUGGGAUUAUCCAUAUUGGGGGUCAAUGAAGCGUCCAUGUCCCGGCCGAUGGUAUGCUUCGAGGACAAUAAAGCAAAUUCUCGCACAUCUUGUCAUGGAAUAUGAGCUUGAACUAGUGGAUGAGAAAUCCCCGAGGAGUUUUGUAUGGACAACAGCGGUUGUGCCACGGUCAGGGGUGAUGCUGAGGAUAAAGAAGAGACAGUGA